GUGUUUACGUCAUCACGUUCCGCUGCGCGUACUCGCAGACGUCAAAGCGGGAGUAAGGGCGGGCUCGGAGCGCAUAGCAGUGAGGCCAGCCAGCGUCCAGUCUUAAAUUUCUGGCUGCUGUGGUCCUCCACUUAUUCAAUGAACGGCACAAUGGCUGCAUCUUCGAACAGGAUCAUGCUGGGCCCACUCGUAGCCGCUAUCGACCAAGGCACGAGUUCCACGCGCUUUCUGGUUUUCAAUGCAAAAACAGCAGAGCUUCUCAGUCACCAUCAGGUUGAGAUUAAACAGAGCUUUCCUAAAGAGGGCUGGGUUGAGGAGGAUCCAAAAGAGAUUCUUCAGUCUGUGUAUGAGUGCAUGGACCGAACCUGUGAGAAACUAACCCAGCUCAACAUUGACAUCUCGAACAUUAAAGCUAUUGGUGUGACCAAUCAGAGGGAAACCACCCUUGUUUGGGACAAGGAAACAGGAGAACCACUUUAUAAUGCUAUAGUUUGGCUUGAUCUGCGGACCCAGUCAACAGUAGAAAGGCUCAUCAACAAAACUCCAGGCAGAAACAAAAACCAUCUCAAGCACAAGACUGGCCUACCCAUCAGCACAUACUUCAGUGCAGUGAAGUUACGCUGGCUGAUGGAUAAUGUUAAAAAAGUACAUGAAGCUGUGCUCUCUCACAGGGCCAUGUUUGGAACAGUGGACUCCUGGCUUAUCUGGUGCCUGACGGGGGGGAAAAAGGGAGGUGUUCAUUGCACAGAUGUAACCAAUGCCAGCCGGACAAUGCUCUUCAAUAUUCACACAAUGGACUGGGAUCCAGAGCUCUGCAAAUAUUUUGAUAUACCAAUGGAAAUCCUGCCAAAAGUGAGAAGUUCUUCAGAGAUUUAUGGUUUAAUGAAAAUCAGCUCUAAUCUGAAAUCUGGCCCUUUAACUGGUGUCCCCAUAUCAGGGUGUCUUGGUGACCAGUCUGCUGCGCUGGUGGGACAGAUGUGUUUCAAGGAUGGACAAGCCAAAAAUACUUAUGGUACUGGUUGUUUCCUGCUUAAAAAUGUAGGAACAAAGCCUGUAAUGUCGGACCAUGGACUCCUGACAACGAUCGCAUAUAAACUAGGGCGUGACAAGCCAGCCUGCUAUGCACUAGAGGGUUCAGUUGCCAUUGCAGGAGCAGUUGUGCGUUGGCUGAUGGAUAAUCUCGGAAUUAUCCAAACCUCUACAGAACUAGAGAAACUAGCUGCUGAUGUUGGCACGUCAUAUGGCUGUUAUUUUGUCCCUGCAUUCUCUGGAUUAUAUGCGCCAUACUGGGAACCAAGUGCUAGAGGAAUCAUCUGUGGUCUAACACAGUUCACCAAUAGGAGUCAUUUGGCUUUCGCAGCACUUGAAGCUGUCUGCUUCCAGACACGAGAGAUUCUGGAUGCAAUGAACCAGGACAGCGGUAUUCAUCUGUCCCAGCUCCAGGUUGAUGGAGGCAUGACGUCGAACCGGUUACUGAUGCAGCUGCAGGCAGACAUACUGUGUAUCCCAGUGGUAAAGCCAUCUAUGCCUGAGACCACAGCUCUUGGUGCUGCCAUGGCAGCAGGAGCAGCUGAGGGGGUCAGCGUGUGGAGCCUAAACCCAGAAGAUCUCACUGAGGUCACUUCAGAAAAAUUUGAACCUCAGAUCAACCCAGAGGAGAGUGAACUGCGAUACGCUCGCUGGAAGAAGGCUGUUCAGAGGGCUAUGAACUGGGAAACCACAGAACCAGUCAACAAUGGAAAUGAGGAGACUAGUAUCUUCAGUAGUGUUCCCUUGGGCUUUUACAUUCUCGGUAGCAUGUUUAUGUUAAUUGGAGCAAAGUACAUUGCAGCAGGGCAGAAGUAGACUUGAACCUUACUGCACUUCAGAAGAUGGAAAAUUAAGUCAUUAGGUCCAUGGCUUACCCCUUCAAAAUCAAGAUGUGCUGUUGUGGCCUUGGCAAAAGACAUUCCAACUGAAAGAGUUGUUAAUGCUUUCUGCAGAAAUGGUACCAUAAAAUGAUAAAUUAAGACCUUUCUGGACAUGUAGCAGGAGGUUUUAUUGACCAUAUCGGGUCUAAUGAAGUCUUCAUUACUGUAGUUUCUCCACACUCUUCUCUAGAAGCAGCAGCUUUAACACUGAAGCUGCUGUGGCUUGGUGUUUCUGGUAUUUCAUGUACAGUACAUUCUAAUGGAAUUGUCAAUGAUAGUAAGCAACUCUUGGCUGUGCAAAACAGUCAUCGUUAAAUUUGAUAUAUUUUUAUAUAUAUUUAAAGGCACUAACCAUCACAGACAUCAGCAGAUGUGUGUCUAUGUACGGUGGUUUUAGUUAGAAGUUUGAAAGAGUGAGACAUACUAUUAGUACAAUUGAGUUACUUCUCAAAUCCAUUCAGGAGAGUUUUAGUGCACUUUAUAAUGUAUUAUGCUGUUAUGUGUAACAGCAAGGGAACUGUACAAUCUAAUGUACAUAAUGUUGAGAUUUGUUUUUCCUCUUUUACAAUUUCAUAUGCCUGUUGAAAAUUUUGUUGACAAAAAUACUGUGCGUGGAAAUCAAGUCAACCUGUCCAAAACACUGUUGGCCCUGCUGAUAGAAGUUGCACUACUGUUUAACUUCUGCCUUCUAUAUGAGAGACUAUUAAACAGGAGGUCACUUGAGCA